UUUAUGAAAAUUAAUUUUUAAAGCUAGCAGAGAUCUUCCUUGUUAAACUCCACGUUUAUUCCUGUUGUUGUUAAGUUUGUGAUAAUGACUAAUCUGGCAGAAAAGGACUGGGAGUUUUUUCAUGAUCUCGGUGACCAGAAUUCAGAGCAAUUUUCAGCUUUCCAGACCUUGUCUCGGCUGGUGUAAAAUAAGUGUUUAUCUGCAAAGCCAGACGUGCCUUCUGCAUGUGCAAGAUGCUCAGCUCGCUGAAAUGUGUGUGACCGAGGAGCAGCACCCUGAUAGAUAUUGCUAAUAACCGCAGAGAUAGCUGCCUGCUUGGUCACGUAUUCUCUCUAAGAGCUCUUCUAAGAGCCCUGACAUCCAUUUUGGCACCCUUUUGCAAUGCUCUGCACGUCUCGCAGAGCCCCUCCAACAAAUCCCACUGAUUUUAUUUGACACGAUUUUCAAUAGAAGCUGCUCGAGCCUCUCUCCUUCUCUCCUGUUCAAUAAUCGUGGCUACAGGAGCUGUGCAUCAUUACGUGCUGAUCAAAGGGAAAAUGUAAAAGACAGUCGAGUGAAUUAAAGUCUAAUUUAAUUGUGCCUAGAACUGUCAUAGAGGGAUUUUUUAAAAGUAUCUGGAAGAAACAAAGGAGUUGUUCAGUCUGACCUAAAUAAUGUUAUUUCUCAAUGCUGAACCUCUGCAAUCUGCACCUCGUACCUUUUUUUCCUCAGGAGGGACGAGGCGGGGUUUCCAUCUGGGGCACAGGCUGUGAAGGCAGGUGCUCCUGGAGCUGGGACCCACGGCAGCACUGCAGCAAGAGCCUCUUCUCCUUUCUUUGCAAACACCUUUCUGUGCAUAAACAAACACUUCCCAGCCUGCACUGUCACCCCGAGAAGCCGAGUUUGGGCAGGAACAGGAGGUCCUUGAAGAUGCUGGGUCAGGAGAUGCCACACUUCUGGUGUCUCAUCCUUUUUGUGGGACUCCUGCCCUCCUCCCAGGGCUUCCUCAACCUGCUGAACCCAAAGCAAGCCGCAGGUGGUCUGCUUGGUCUCAUCAGUGGAAAAAGUGGAUUGCCUGGCACAGGUGUUCUUGGUGAAGGUGGGCUGCUUGGCACCGGCCUCCUGGGCAAGGGAAGUGCAAGUGAAGCAGAAAGCGAAGGUCCCCUUGAAGCAGAAAAUGAACCCAGCAGAUCUGGGGUCCUUGGCACAGGCCUCCUAGGAGGACAACCUGGCAGCAGCAGUCUGCUUGGCACAGGCAUCCUUGGUGGGAAAGGCCUUGGCACAGGCAUCCUUCGUGGAGAAGGCCUUGGCACAGGCAUCCUUGGUGGAGAAGGACUUGGCACAGGCAUCCUUGGUGGGGAAGGCCUUGGCACAGGCAUCCUUGGUGGAGAAGGACUUGGCACAGGCAUCCUUGGUGGGGAAGGCCUUGGCACAGGCAUCCUUGGUGGGGAAGGCCUUGGCAAUGGUCUCCUUGGCAAUGGCCUCCUCGGCAAUAACAGCCUUCUUGGAGAUAAAGGUCUGCUUGGCACAGGGCUGCUUGGGAAAGGAGGUCUCCUAGGCAAUGGAAGUCUACUUGGUCUUGAUGGUCUUCUGGGUGAAGCAGGAGGACUUCUGGGUGCAGGAGGCCUGCUGGGUGGUAGAACCUCUCAGAAAAUAUCACGCUACGCCUGGUUGAAGGUGCUGAACCUCGAGAACGCCCGAGUGUCAUGGAAGGUCCUUCGUGGGACUGAGCUGGUGCUGAACCUGUACUCGAAGCUGGUGCUCCGCUUUCCAGGGAUUUUUAGCUUUCUGGGUGAAUCCUCGGUAGAAACGAACAUCACGUCACACAUCGCCGUGACCCAGGACACCCCCGGGGACCUCAAGUUGGUGAUUAAGGAUUGCAAGAACCUGCUUGGCGGCUUCAGCGUCAACCUGCGGAAGGGCCUCCUCACCAACCUGGUGAGCAGCAUGCUGAACUCUACUCUCAAGACCCUUGUCCCUGCACUGCUCUGCCCGUUAGUGAACAUCUGGGUCAGCAUCAUCAACAUGAAACUACAAUUCCUCAACCGCGUCGUCUCCUUCGGGCUCCUGGGGAAAAUCUACUCUGCCCUCUCCAAACUGCCGGUGACGUCUGGGCAUUUUGUGGAGCUGGAUCUGCAGAAUUCCCCAUUCCCAAGCACGUUCAUCGACUGGCUCCUCCAGAUCGCAGGUGUCGAUCCCGGGAGCAAUCCAUAGCCACAGGCUGGAAGUAUGUGGGGUGCCUCCACAGGCGAUUCCUGAGGAGGAGGAGGAGGGAAGGGAGGAAGAUGACUCAAUACGUGAAGAAUAGACAUGAAAAUGGAGAAAACCCAGCAAAACCUCGCAUUUUCCUCUGCUCUACAUUUCAGACUUCUCAGACUUUGGUGUCUUUUUACAGCCCAGGGUUAUCUGUGCCAAUGAUCAGCCAUGUCAGUGGUUAGCUGUGUGGGUGGUUAGCCAUGCUGGUGACUACAGAGGCAGGAACCCCAGAUCUUGCCUCUGUGCUCUCCUGGUUCUCACGGCCACAAGCCACUUGUUAUGGCACUCACUGAUGAAGGGAACACCUUCACCCCUUGUUUCUUCCUCACGCCCACCCCAGCUUCACUGGGGCUGGGGUUUGGGCCAGGUAAUGGCUCAGCACAGAGGAGAUAUUCCAGGUGCUGGAAGCAGACAGCUGGGCUGAAGGCAGGGGUUUGGUCCCCUCACAGCCACCCCUCAGGAAUUUCAGGAUUUUGCACCAACUGCACCAAACCCCUGAGAAGGGAAGGGAGAAAAGGGAUGAACCUGAACCCAAAAGCUGUAAAUGCUUUGUCUUUGCUCUCCUUCUGCUUCUUGAUUAGCUUACCAUUUCAAAAGGGAAUUUUGCUGUUUCCAGUGAUUUCAAGAGGCAAAAAGGCCCCCAGUCUAAUCCAGGCGCACACUCAGCCGAUUUGUUCCCAAACAGCGACGCUUUGAACUGAUCAGAGCGAGUGCUAUCCUGCCUUGUAAUCUCCGAGUGGAUUUGGAUGUGCUGCAUUGUGGGUGAGGUGGAUUUGAGGCUGAUUCACACCCUUCUGUUACUCCUUACAAUAAAAAGGAUUUUUCUU